UAAAGAUGAAAAUAAAUUUUGCGAUCGUUUGGGAAUUUUACUCCCAAAAUUGGGAAAAAUGUAGGAUAAUUGCCAUUGGGAAUGGGUCGAAUACCGGACCCUGUGGAAUGCUAGAAAAAUUCAUGGUGUUUUGGUCUGUUUUUCAAUUACCAUAAGCAAUAGCUAUAGGUCAACUAUAUUUGGUGUAUGAAAUAAUUGUUAGGUGUACAUGUCUGUCUGACAGGACUUAUCUAACAUUGACCUCAUGUGAUACAACCUUUAUCUUUAAGAAUUUUAACAUAAAAUCAGUGGUCAGUAAAGCAGGCGAGACAUUUCAGGGUGUGUACUCUUGUCUUUAGUAUUAUCAGUUUUAUUGCCUGUAACAUUCAAAUCCCAUCAAGGACUGCAAAAGGGAAGUAAAAAAACAAUCUGUUCAAACCUAAAAUAUAAGGUAUAAACAUGGGGAAAUGUUCCUUAUAAUUAAUUUUGUUGAGUUAUUUCAAUAAUAUUUAUAAAAUUGAACCAAUUAACAGCCCAUUUCAUUCAAGAAGUGAGGAAGUAGAAAGAAAAAUGCAGAAAUUCCUUCCUUGUGCUAUAUGACAGCAGUGGUGCAUGAUCAUAUCACACAGAGUCAGACCUCAAACAAAAUGAUAAGGAUCAGUUAAGCAGUGUGAUACUGGUACAUGCAUUCCGAAAUACUACGUUUUAUUUGCUGCUGUAAAAUUUUGAGGUUUUGAUGAAUAAGGAAUAUGAAAAAAAAUGUACCAUGAUAGUGUUUUUUAUUUCACUAGAUUAGAAACUGCUUACUGAUGACUUUGGAAGAUACUAACUCCUUAAAAUGGAUUGUCAGAAAAACACCAAUGCAUGUUCAUGUACCUGUAAAUCUGUGACCUAGCUCUGCAUGAAAAAGAAAUAAAAAAAAAAAAAAAAAUUUAUUUAUAAAUUGAAGGAACUGCAUUAUGUGAGUAGGGACACAUUUCAAAGAUCAAAUCUCGAUUUUAAAUAUUUUAAGAUUUUGAAAGAAUCCCGAUACACAUGUAAUAUCUGAUUUUUUAUACCAUCUUUUUGAUGUGUAAAGAAAUUUUAAUAUUUUAUAGGAGUGUUCCUGUUAUUGGUAAAGCACAGGUUGAUAUAGGAGAUAAAGCUGUUUCAUCUAUACCUGAUAUUGUCUUUCCAGAUAUUACCAAUUCAGACAUACAUCAUUCUAAUUUAAAGAUAUUAGCAGUUUGUGAGGUUAAGAAAGAAUUUAAAGCAAAGGAAGACUUGGUUAUUUCCUUACAGUAUAGUACAAGGUCAGGGAAAAAGAAAGUAAUAGGUAAAGAGCAAGUUAUAUGGCACCUUGAUGAUAGAUUACAGGGUCAGCAUGGAGGAGAGCUAUUAUUGCAUUACCCUUUAUCACAGAAGAAUGGUCUAUUAGGUAUCAUUGUACAGAAGACACAUGUAACAUUUUCCUAUUUCCAAUGUAACACUGUACAGUUUGAAGAAAUAAUGACCGGGAACCAGUGUGUUAACAGUCCUGUUGUGUACUAUAGCAGACCAUAUAAUUACUUAAAGGCUGCAGAUAGAAAAGAAUUAAUAACACCAUUACUUACACUUGGAUUUGUUCAGUUUUCUCCAUGUUGCAUCAGCAGAAAAGAACAGCAGAUAGAGAAUGUAGACUAAGCAGUAUCUACCAUAUUUUAAGUUUGUUUUGAUUGCUUUUAUAUUUUUGUAUAAGUAGCUCAGUUUCUAUAAACAGGGCCAGUUUCAAUUGAUAUUUUCAAAUACCAUAUUUGCAAGAUAUGAUUCGUAUUAAUUUGUUGCUUUUAACCUGCUUCUAUGUUCAUCAAUGCACAUAUAUAGAGUGAUUGAUAACAUUUAGGGUUGACUUGGGUAUAGAAAUAUUGCAAUCCAUUGACUUUUCCCAUCUAGCAGUAAAACCAUUCUUAGAGUAAGGUGUCCUUUUGUGAGUAAACUAAAAUCAUACUUUCAGCUAUUAUUUAUUAAAACCUUUGUUGAAAUAAAGCUUAUAGCUUAGGGCAAUAAAUAUAUUUGUUGUUUAAGGCUUAGGGUUUCCUGACUAACCCUAAUUUUUUUUAUGUUGAUUUUGAUAUUUUGAUGAAUUUUUGUAUUAUUUUUGACAGGAAAAAGAGCAACAUCAGACAUGUAUGAAUUUUAUCUUGCUCCCUAAACAGUAUUUGUUUAUAUAUGUAAAUAUUUAUUUAUUUAUCCACCAUGUUUUACCAAUUUGAGUUAUUUAAAUCUGAUAUGAAAUUAGCUUUCAUAUGAAAUUGUAAUUGUAAAUGGUCUUCACAAAAGAAAUUAAUGUAAGCUGAAAUUCACUUGAUUUUAGCAUUAAUUAAUUUUUUAAUUGUUUCACAUCAACUUAUAUAAAUUUUUUAAGUUCAUCAGUUGUACAUACAGCCUUUUUGACAAAGUAUUUGCACCUAUCCUUCCUUUUAAUCAGGUUUCGAAUAAAUUGUAAGUAAUUGUCUAAUUUCUUGAAAAUAAAAGCAGGGCAAAAAUGUCUAGAAUAACAAGAUUUAUCUUCUUUCCAUCCCUCCUCCAUCCACCCCCCACCCCCCAAAUUUUCAGUUGCCCGUAAUUGACAAUUUUUACCAAUUUCUUGUGUCUUUUGCCUUAAUCUUGAAAACUGUUUAAAAAAUUUGCUUAAUUAGGGUUUUGACUAAGAUUUGACAGUUCUAUUGAGCUUAAAUCAAGUUUUUCUCUUACUUUGCUUUUUAUAAAACAGUUGUAUAUCUGCUAAUGUUUACCAGUAAGUCAUUUAGGCUUUAACUAAAUUUUGAUAUAAUCUGAAUUGCAAUUUGUGCCUCCUAUUUAAUUUUAUAUGUGAAAUAAGGAAGAAUCUUGUCUGUAGGAGUACGUUGUGCAUAUCAAUACACCAUAAAUCUUAAUGCAACACUUAAUUAUUUUGCAUAUUAAAUUGGUUAGAGAUAAAAUUGGUGUUGUUUUAAAAGUUUCAAAAUAUUCUGUUUUUAUUUGGUGAACAAAUUGCAACUACUUGUGUUUUGUUUUGAACACAUUUUUUGUUAGAUUAGAUUGCAUCACUAAAGAGACAUUAGUUAAUGCAUAUCUGGUGCAGUAAAAAUGGAACCCUUAAUGUUAUGUUAUUGCAUUUUGACCAUAUUAAAUAAUUUUUGUUGAUUUUAAAAGCAUUUUACCUUAACCUUAUUAGUAGAUUUUUAUUAUUCUAGAAGGUUCAUAUACACAUUUAUUUAUUAAAUACAUAUUUGUUAUCCAGAUUAUGCACAUGUUUUGAUAGUAAACAUGUACAAAUGGAUUUGUUAAUCAUUACAAUACAUAAUUUUAAGAAAGGCUACGGGUAAAUUAUUGUCAAUAGCAGAUAAUUUGUAUAUAAUGUUUUUUCUGUUGAUUUAGAAUACACACUGCUUGGCCUAUAAUUGUUUUGUGAGUAUUUUGUAAAUUAUAAAGUUAUUCAUUAUAUUUGGAAGAUAUUUUGUUAUGAUUUAAAAAGUAUGAACAAAUUAGAUUAUUGAUGUGCAUGUUUCAGGAUGAGUUUUAUCUGUAUCUAUGAUGAGUUUUUACUAAGACAUAAUAUGAUAAAAUCCAUUUAAGGGCACUAAUAUUGCAUAAAAAUAUUAAAUUUAUCAGUUCAUGUUAUGUACAUAUUAUUUAUUUUUGUAUGUGCUUGUCCAAAGUCAUUAGCCUGUACUUCAGUGGUUAAUUGUUUGUUACUGUAUAUCAAUUUUUGUUUUUUCUGUUGUUUUACACAUGAGUUAGGCUGUUCGUUGUCUUGUUUGAAUUUUUGUUAUGUUUUAUCAUGUCAGUUACUUUUUUGUCUCACCUGCAACAAAAGUCACAGCAUGCAAGACAUAGGGAUAACAAUGCAACUGCGUCGUAAACUAUUUGUAUAAAGCUUUUUAUAUCUGAAGGUAGAAGACCUGGAUACAUCAUACCUUGUAUGAAGAUUCCAUAUGUUAAGAAGUUUCUGUCUGUCAUAUGUUCAUUGUCCUUGACAAUUGGUUGAAUAAAAAUAAAACUUUUUUUUUACCACAAAACUCAGAUCAAGUACAAAUUUGGGUAGCGUCACUUUUACCCUUCUUGAGUUGUGUCCCUUUAUAACGUUAUAUGCAAGCGGGGGCAUCAUCUGUGUCCCAUGGACACAUUCCUCAUUUAUUUGUUAUUGAAUUUCUCACUCAUUAUAUGAGUACUAGGAUAACUAUAUUUGUUGUAUGGGUUCCUUGCAAGGUCUACAUGUUUGUCAGACGGGGUUCACC